AUGCCUCAAAACGAAUAUAUUGAACAGCAUAUCAAGCAACAUGGUAAAAGAUUGGACCAUGAAGAAAGACAAAGAAAGAAGCAGGCUAGAGAAGGUCACAGAGUGGCUAAGGAUGCACAGAACUUGACGGGUUGGAGAGCUAAGCAAUUCAACAAGAAGCGUUACGCUGAAAAGGUUGCAAUGAAGAAGAAGAUUAAGGCACAUCAAGAAUCUAAGCUCAAUGGACCCUCCACUCCUAAGCAAGAUGAUGGAGAGGCCCUCCCAACUUAUCUUUUGGACCGUCAAACUAAUAACACUGCCAAGGCCAUCUCCUCUUCCAUCAAGCAAAAGAGAUUGGAAAAGGCUGACAAGUUUUCAGUUCCAAUUCCUAAGGUUAGAGGUGUUUCUGAAGAAGAGAUGUUCAAGGUUAUCAAGACUGGUAAGAAAAACCAUAAAUCUUGGAAGAGAAUGAUCACAAAGCAUACAUUUGUCGGUGAAGGCUUCACUCGUAGACCUGUGAAAAUGGAAAGAAUCAUUAGACCAGCGGCAUUAAGACAAAAGAAGGCCAAUGUGACCCACCCAGAAUUAGGAGUCACUGUUUUCUUACCAAUCUUGGGUGUUAAGAAGAACCCUCAAUCACCAAUGUACACUCAACUAGGUGUUUUGACCAAGGGUACCAUUAUUGAAGUUAACGUCAGCGAGUUGGGAUUGGUCACUGCUGGUGGUAAGGUUGUCUGGGGUAAGUACGCCCAAAUUACCAAUGAACCAGAUAGAGAUGGAUGUGUGAAUGCUGUUUUGUUAGUUUAA